AUGCCCUUAAAGAUGGCUUUGCUGCAGCUCAGGUCGCAGCGGUGGCGGCGGCUGCUGCCAGCAGCAGCAGCUGGCACGCUGCUGCUGCUGCUGCUGCUCUCGCCCGCGGAAGGCCGGCGAUCUCUCCAGCAGCAAGUGCCGCUGGAGCCCCUGCAGCAGCAGCAUCAGCAGCAGCAAGAGCAGCAGCAGCAGCAAAAGGCAUUCAAUGGAUCAGUGCCACCCACAGAGUCUUUCGAAGAGGCCAAGGCAAUGGCUGUGCCCGCAGGGCUUUCAGGGGCUUCUUUGCUGCAGCUGAAUUACCAGGUGCAGCAGCAGCAGCAGCAGCAGCUGCUGCAGCCGGAGGCGCCGGCGCUGACACUCGCACCGCAGCAGCUGCAGCCCGAUCUGCUGCACGUGCAGCAGCAAGUGCUGCAGCAGCAGCAGCUGCAACAGCAGCAGCAAGUGCUGCAGCAGCAGCAGCUGCAGCAGCAGCAGCAGCAGCAGAUGCUGCAGCAGCAAAGCGAAGUGGACAGGGCCAACUUGGCUCUUUUGGAGGCGCAGAAAGCAGCAAUAGAUCUGCAGCUGGCUUCGCAGCCGCCUGCAGGUUUGGGCGCUGCUGCUGUUCCGUUUGCUGCAGCAGCAGCUCCUGCUGCAGCAGCAGCAGCAGGGCCUGCGGCGCUUGGCUUCUCAGGUGUACAGGCAGUUGACGGCGGCGUGUCUGCGAGUUUGCUGGCGAGCGGGGCUUCGCUGCAGCAGCAGCAGCUGCUUCAGCAGCAGCAGCAGCAGCAGCUGCUGCUUCAGCAGCAGCAGCAGGCGGAGCAGCUGCAGAGGCUGCAGCAGCAGCUGCUGCUGCAGCAGCAAGACGAGCCGCCGGCAGCAGCACUGGGGCCCCUCGCCGUGCCCCUGGGGGGCCCCCCGGGGGCCCCCCUCCCACAGCUAGAUGCACCUUCUGCUGUACCCCCCACAGCCCCUCAAACAAUUCCUCAAGUUGUUUUGUCUUCAAUGAAAGGAGAAGAAAGUGCUGCAAUAGAUGCCAAGUUGAAGAAGCUGGAGAAGGACAUGCUGCUGCUGCAGCAGCAGCAGCAGCAGCAGCAGCCGCAGCAGCAGGAAACGGGGCCCGUCAGCGCGCAGAACAUGAUGCCCUGGCAGCAGGGCGUGCAGCAGCAGCAGCAGCAGGAACAGAGGCGCGAGCUGCUGCAAACUCUGCGGCAACUGCAGCAGCAGCAGGAACAGCAGCAGGAGCAGCAGCCGCAGCAGCAGCAGCUACCUGCCCCUGACGCGCAGCAGGAAUCCAGGCAGCCUCCCCCAUUUCAGCUGCAGCUGCAGCUGCAGCAGCAGCAGCAGCAGCAGCAGCCUGGCGGCCAGUGUGAUCUGGACUUGAGUGCAUGCGGAGGCAACGGUGGGCUACUUAGUGAAGCAGCUGCAGCAAACAGAGCAGCAGCAGCAGCAGCAGCAGCAGCUGUAGUAGAAUGCAUGGGAACCGUCACAAUCAAAUUGACAGAAAACGCCUGCAGCAGCAUUGCCAGUGCAUGCGGCGUGGAGCUGCCUGCAGCAGCAGCAGCAGCAGCAGCAGCAGCAGCAGCAGCAGUGCCGGAAGCUGCAGCAGCUAAUGCUGCUCCUGGCCCUGCUGCUGCUGCUCUUCUGUCUGCAGCAGCCACUCCUUCCCAGCUGCAAGUUGAGCACAACCAGGCAGCAGCAGCAACAGCAGCAGCAGCAGCAGCACCGGCGUUUAUUGAAAUGGGAAGCCAGAUGCAGCAGCAGCUGCGGCAGCAGCUACGGCUGCGCCUGGGAGCAGCAGCAGCAGCAGAAGCAAUGCAGCAGAUCAGGAGGCAGCAAAAAGUCCAAAGAGAUGUUGACGAAUUGCUGCAGAAUGUAUUGACUUCGGGGCCCUCACCGCCGCCAACAUCUAGUGCAGCAGCAGCAGCAGCAGCAGCAGUUGCUGCUGAGCUGGCCCAAGACGCGCAGGAAGAAACAGCAGCAGCAGCAGCAGCAGUGCAGCUGACAGAGGACCCGCAGCCAGCUGCUGCUGAAGAAGCUGCUGCUGCUCCAGAAGCAGCAGCAAACGAGUCCUCGCCUAGUGGAGAUGCAGCAGCAGCACCUGGUGCUGCUGCAGCACCUGAUGCUGCUGCAGCGCCUGAUGCUGCUGCAGCGCCUGAUGCUGCUGCAGCAACAGAUGCUGCUGCAGCAACAGAUGCUGCUGCAGCAACAGAUGCUGCUGCAGCAACAGAUGCUGCUGCAGCAACAGAUGCUGCUGCAGCACCUGAUGCUGCAGCAUCGAACGAGGGCUCUAUACCUGUGCCCGCAGCAACGCCUGCUGCUGAUGCUGCUGCUGCAAACCCUGCUGCUGCUGCUGCUGCUGCUGACGAUCAAAGCAGCAGUGCGGAGGCAGCAAACAAUGCAGCAGGGCAGUCUGCUGCUGCUGCUCUCAGCAGCUUCGGCGUCGUUACAGCAGGAGAAACAGCACAUGAAGCAUGUUCUGCUGCUGCUGCGAAGCUUCCCAAAGAAUUCCCCAUCAUGUCCAGCAGCAGCAGCAGCAGCAGCAGCAGCCGCAGCGGCAGCAGCAGCAGCCUCGCUAUUGUCAAGGCAGCUUCCGAAGCAGAUGCCGUUUCUUUCUCUCUACAUCUUCCCCAGCAGCAGCAGCAGCAGCAGCAGCAGCAGCAAAAUCAACAGCCGUUGGCGCCGCCUUCGCCGCAGCCGCCGCUGCCGCAGCCGCUGCAGCAGCUGCAGCAGCAGCCGCAGCAGCAGCUGCAGCCGCAGCAGCCACAGGAGCAGCCGCAGGACCCGCAGCAGCAGCCGCAGCAGCAGCAGGAGCCGCAGCAGCAGCAGACACAAGAGCAGCAGCAACCUGCAGCAGCGCCUCAAGAGGAGUACCAGGAAGCAGCGCCAGCCGCAGCAGCAGCAACGGCUGCUGCUGCAGCAGCAGCCGCAGCAGAAGCUGCUGCGCCUGUUGCUACAGCAACAAAUGACUAA